UUGCGCUGCGAAAGAAAAACAAGGUUUGGCUCUGGUGUGAGCAGGGACAGGAGGUAGCCACAUUGAAAGGGAGGGGGGAGUAUUGGGUCAGGUGCAGGUUGUGCUCGACAAUCUGGAGGGGGUCGGCAAGCAAGGCUGCCGAGCAUUUCUUGAAGCCGAUGAGGCUGUGUGCACUGCGGACAGGGGAUAUAGUCCACACUUUGGUUGCUGGUGGUGCGAAAGUGCAGCCUAACGACAAGAACACGAAGUACUUGUUGAGGAAUUACAAGGGAGGCGAGGCCGAAUCGGAUGUGCAUUGUGGUGAUGCAUCACAUGGAGAGGAAGGUUUGGAAGAUCCGCAAACAGACGAGCCCCAGCCACCGCCUGUUGCAGGGCGGGCAGUUGCCGGCAUUGCAAACAUGCUCGCCGAUGCACUUGAUGAGGCUAUCGACGCGGGAGGUGCAGUGGAGAGCGGAGGCGGUGAGGAAGGGCAAGGGUCAACAGCACGAACGAUUACCUUGAGACAGACCACUGUGCGACGUUGGGUGGACACUGCGGCGCAGAAAAAGCUGGACAUUGCGUGGGCUGAGGCCAUGUUCAGGGCUGGCAUUGCUUUCAAUUUCUUGAACAUGGACACGACUCAGACGUUGCAUGCCGUUUACCUGGAGGUAGCGAACGCGAGGCCGAAAGUGAAGCUACCAUCAUACAACUACAUGAGGACAGUCAUGUUGGACAUCAUCUACUUGAAGAUCCAAAAGGAGGUGAACCCGAUGACGAGGUGUUGGGACUCGACUGGAUGCACGUUCAUCACUGACGGGUCAACUGACCGCAAGAAUCGGUCAGUGAUGAACUUCUUGGCGGCGGGGGAACAAGGGGCGGUGCUCGUGACGACGGUGACAAUGAGUGGCAGGAAGAAGAAUGCAGUGGCGUUGGCGAAGUUAUGGGAGCAGUGGAGAGCAUUGAGAUGGUCGGGGGAGAGGUUGCGUAGGAGAGCCGACCUCGUGUACUACACAGUGAGGUCAGAGGCAUGGUGGCCGCAUGUGAGGAAGAUUGUGGACAUCAUGCACCCUAUCUUCCAGUUGCUGAAGAGAAUGGACGCAGAAGGCACACCUCCCACCAAUCUUGUUGAGUACGAUGAUAUGAUUCAGCGAAAAUUGACGAACGUGGUGCUGACACAGAAGGAGCGGGAGGAUGUCAUGGAAAAGGUGCGUGACCGCGUGCAAAUGAUGAGGCAGUCGGUUCAUGCAGCUGCAUUCAUUCUUGAUCCACGGCGGCGGAAUGAACGCUGGCUCUUCGAUCAGAACAGUGCAGUGAUGCAAAAUGCAAUGCGCUACUUCUUGAGGCAGAUUGUGGGUGAGUGGAACAGCCAGGAACAUUCUGACUUGUGGGCGGAGUUGAUGGAGUUCAAAAAAGAGCCCGCGAGGGUUGCGACCGAGCAAGUGUGCACGGAGCCCGGGAAAGCUAUGAAGAAGCGCAAGGAUGAGCACAUGUGGAAACAACCGGCGGUGGACGAUGUGAGGAGGCUUAACCCUGCGACCUGGUGGGCAGCACAUGGCGGGGAUGUCCCAACAUUUCAGGGAAUUGCAAUCAAGGUUAUGGGGAUGUGGAGCACUGCGACCCCCGCUGAGCGCAACUGGGCCUCCAUGGACUUUGUCCACACGAAGAGACGAAACAGUUUGUCCCCAGCAUCCCUCGAGAAGCUCGUGUACAUACACUGGAACAUGCAGUUGCUGCGAGCUCGACACCACAAGGAUAGCGGGUUCGUUGAUGUCUGGGGUUCGUUCUUCGAGCCAAUCAUGGAGCCAGAACAGAAUGACGGGUCCACGCUGGAAACUGGCACUCAGGAUGCUGCUGAAAAAGAGGAUGAGGAGAUGAGGCAAAGAAACAUGGCGAAGGCUUCAAAAAACAGGAUCCCCCAAAACCUUCUCGAUUCCGAAACUAGUGACAGCAGCGACCUCGAGGAUAUGGUGUGGAAGGGGAAGUGCUGGAAUGAGUCAUCAUCGGAGGAUUGCACCGAGGACGAGGACUCCGAUUUCGAGCUCGGUGUGGUGCCUGCAGUCCCAACGACCACGUACCUCGGCAGGCGAACAAGGCCACAGGACAGGGAGCUCGAGCUUGAGCCUACGCCAGUCGUCGAGAGAGUGGACACGGAUGUAGAGUUUUUGUUGCACCGCCACGAUGUCCCGGACGAGGAAGAGGCCACCCGAGCGAAGGAGAUGGCGGACAGGGAUCGUGAACUUGUGGAGAGGCGGGUCGCUGAGGAGGAGGCCCGUCGUGCAGCGAUCCCUACACGCAGGGAGAGGGAGAGGAAUGUUGCACAGCAGGAAAAGCGCGGGGGCGAGGCCCUGAAGGAAAUGGACGGGGAUGUCCAGCCUGCCGUGGAGAAGGGCGAGCAGCAGCAAGGGGAGCCUGCACAUGCAGCGGAAGAACAGCAAGCACCAAUUGCCGCGUACACGCGCAGGCUCCGCCCAUGCGUGGAGCAACAAGUGGGAGUGGAGGGAGACGACCGACCAGCAGGUUGCAAUUGGCGAGAGGGGGAAGGAGCAGCUGGAAGAGCAGCAGGCCGCAAAGGACAUCGGCACGCCCCCUUUCCCUAAAUUCAACGAUGCUCUCCACCAUGACAACCUCUGGAAGAGCAGGGCAGGCAGGAAGAGGAAGGCAACAACGGAGUCCCCCGAAGCGC